AUGCUAAAGAGAUUCUUUUCUUUCAAGCUUCCAAAGCUUCCAUUCGAAAAUACAGCACUCGAGCCUCUUUAUGACAGCAGAACCUUAUCUUUUCACCAUGCAAAACAUCAUCAAACCUAUGUUGAUAAAUUAAAUGCAGCAUUAGGGACUCUAGAUGUCCCGCUUAUUGAAAUUAUUAGAGAAAGGGCACAACACCAGACUGCUCUGAGGAACAAUGGAGGAGGACACUAUAACCAUUGCUUGUUUUGGCUGUGUCUAGGGAAAGGAAAAGAGCUGCCUUCAGGCAAAUUGUUGGCUCAUAUCAAUAAAGAGUUCGGAGAUUUCAAUAGGUUUAAAGCAGAAUUCACAAAUGCAGCAGUGAAUACAUUCGGAUCAGGAUGGGCGUGGCUUAGUGUAACACCUCAAGGAAGACUUGUGAUCACAACAUCACCAAACCAGGAUAAUCCUAUGAUGGUAGGAGUUUAUCAAGCUACCUCUAUUCCAUUUUUCACCUGUGAUAUCUGGGAGCAUGCUUAUUACCUGCAGUAUCAAAACCGCAGAUUGGAAUACGUAGAAAAAUUCUGGAAUAUAGUAAACUGGAAUAGAGUUGAAGAAAUGUAUGAGCAAUAUGCUCUAAACCAACAGCCUGUCCCGGUUGAUCAACUACUUCAGUAA